UUGAUCCCUUUCGAGACUGAUCCGUGCGCGAAAAUUAUGUCAAAUGAAAGGAUUCACGUGUAUACUCUCGGGUGAAAUAUCUAUGCGCUGGACACGAAGUGAAAAAUCAAUUGUAUCUUGUUUGCGAAAUUAACUAACGAACGAACAAACGUGGUGAUAAUCGUAGCCUGCAGCAGAGAGGCAGAAAGUUUUGACGAGGUGGAACAAUAAUCAAAAGUGUUAUUUGAAAGCCGCAGGCACGAUUAAUCGUGAAUAAACCUUUCGAAGGAAAGCAGAUUAGCCUCUGAGAUAUGACUCAUUAUCCGCCCUUCGAUCUUGAACUCGCAAUGCACGCCAAUGAUUGAAAUUUAGCAGUAGUUUUCGGUUCAGAAGGCUGCGUCAAAGUGGACAAAUAAAACACAAGACGUGGGGCUUGAAUGUUUUGGAAAGUUUCACGGCGGUAUUUCGGCCCGCUGUGAAUAGGUAUCUGGCUUUUCUCAGAGCAUCUCACCUCCUUCGAGAAGUGGCGCGAUAUCCGCGCAGGUGUGGCGUGAUGAAAGAGAAGAUGAGAAGCGCAAAGAUGGAUGUUUCAAUUUUCGGGAGGAAUUAUGAGGAGAACGCGGAGGGUAAAAUGAUAUCGAGCAUGUAAAUCGCAAAAGUGAAAAAAAAAAAAAAAAAAAAUGCGGUUCGCCAACUUUGAGAGGAUUUCCUAAAACAAUAAAUUUACUUUAAAAACAAGAGAAAGAAGGAACAAAAGAAGUGAAAAAGGAUAGGAAAAUGAGACCCAAGCGAAUUAAAAAAGAAUUAUACUUCAGACUGCUAAGAUACAGACAAUGUUUAAAAUACCGAAAGAUUAUUUAGCUUUGAGAGAAUUUUUACGUGAAUUCAUCGUGUAUAACUACAUUAUACGUACAAUAUAAAUACAGGCUGCAGUGACAAAAAUAUUUAAAAAAAAAAAAAAAAAGAAACAGGAAAUAUAAAUAAAUAUACAGGAUAAAAUAAUUACGAAAUCGAUUUAAAAAUGAAUGUAGAUAGCAUGAAAACGUCGCAUGCGUGUAAAACUGCUUUGAAGAUAAUUUAUCUUAAAUAUACACGUAAAUAUGUGAUUGGAACUCAUUAAAUGUAUCUUUUAUUUUUCUGGCUGUGAUUUUUGAUUAAAUAAUACGUAUAUAUAGAUAUGCGCCAAAACCCCGUGGGUGCAAGGUCAACAUUUAUUAUCCAUAAAAAACUAAUAAUAACAACAAAAACAACAGCAACAAUGACAACAAUAAUAAUGACCAUAAUUUAAUAUAUAUAUGUAUAUACAUAUUCGUGUGAAGGCUGAUUAUAUAAAAUAUAUUAUAUGUCAACAAAUUAUUGCCCACCUACCAUGCAUGUAAAAGCAGUCAGUAUGGUUUAGAUGUGUAAAUUGAUCCAAACCCGCAAUAAUAAAUAGACAGUGAUUGUGGCCAUCUAUGACGUGAUCAAUAAACUGUAAAUAGGUAUGCACGUAAACCGCGAUGCGUUAAGUUAAUUUAGUGUUUCGCCAUUAAUAAUAGUGUAGCCGUUUAUAUGCCAUUACCCUUGAUGUCCGUAACCACACAAUUGACACAUAAAUUAAAAUAUGAUAAUAAAUACCGCGCGCAAGUAUAAAAGCCAUUGUAACGUGUAACCAAAAAUUGACCAAAGAUAAGUGAAAAAAAGUAUAAAAGACGAGACCGGUCGCGGUGUGCGGUAAAUUAAUUAAUCAAGUAAUUGAUUAGGCCUCAUUGAGAUUGAAACAUUCGCGCUACCUCUCGGAGGCUGGGGAAAAAAGAAGAAAAAAGUAAAUGAGCCAAGCCAAAAGAGACAAAAAAAAAAAAAAAACAAUGCUAUUAAAGAAAUCAAAGACUCUCUAGCUUGUACCUAUAACGUCUAAUUGACCGCAUCGAGAACGUUUGCAAGUAAAGAAACUAAACGGUAUCGAAGAAAAAAAUUACUGGGGAAUUAAAAAAUAAAAAUUAUGACGGAGGUCCUUCGUAGAAAUUUUUUCACACCAACCUAAAGGCGAGUGAAGAAAUAAAGAGGAGAAAAAGAGUAGGACAAAGGAAGAAGAAGAAGAAGAAAAUGGAGAGCCGGAAGUGAGGCUAAGAUGCGAGAGCUCAACGAGUCCGCCUGUGCAGCGUUGUACGAGGGCGUCGAGUGGGCUGGGCCAGGAAUCGUCGCGACGCUCGUCGUCCUCGCCGUUGUCAACGUUAUGGUAGUCCUGGGGAACGUUUUGGUCAUUCUGGCCGUUUACCACACGUCCAAAUUGAGAAACGUGACCAAUAUGUUUAUAGUCAGUCUCGCCGUUGCGGAUCUAAUGGUCGGCGUAGCGGUUCUGCCGUUUAGUGCCACUUGGGAAGUAUUUAAGGUUUGGAUUUUUGGUGACAUUUGGUGUUCCGUAUGGCUUGCCGUAGACGUGUGGAUGUGCACGGCCUCGAUUCUGAACUUGUGCGCCAUUAGUUUGGACCGAUACUUAGCUGUCACAAGGCCAGUGAGCUACCCACAGAUCAUGUCACCAAAGAGGGCUCGACUUCUUGUGGCGACUGUCUGGGUCCUGAGCUUCGUGAUAUGUUUCCCUCCUCUCGUGGGCUGGAAAGACAAAGAGGUACACGCACCCUACAACACGACUCUGUCGCAAACCGGACCCUUCAAUAUGACCACAAUUUUUAUUCCGGUCGCUCCCUGUCCCUGGAUAUGCGAACUCACCAAUGAUGCCGGGUACGUCGUAUACAGCGCACUCGGUUCCUUCUACAUCCCAAUGCUGGUUAUGCUCUUCUUCUACUGGCGAAUAUACAACGCUGCUGUGUCGACGACGAAGGCGAUCAAUCAAGGAUUUCGAACUACAAAGGGCUCGAAAAUGCUCGGCUCACGGUUCGACGAGCAGAGACUGACAUUGAGGAUCCACAGAGGUCGAGGAAGCCUUCACAACGGCAGCAACAACGGGAGUCCCAGGAGCCCGGAGUCAGGUCGCAGCUCUGUGCGGAAAGAAAAGAUCAAGAUAUCAGUUUCCUACCCGAGCACUGAUACUCUCAACACUAAAUGCAACACCUUGGAACGCACACCGUCAAGGUGUUCGCAGAUGUCGGUGCACUACAGCAACGGGCAGACCCAAACGCAGCUGUGCCCGAGUCCCAGAGCCGCUCACCUCAAGGUGGGGGGUGUAAACAGGGUAGGAAGUACCAGGAGACAGAGCCGACGAAGCAGCUGCGAGAGCCAAGUUACUGGCGACGAUGCAUCCCUUCGCGAACUGGCUCCUGGUGUCGACGAUAAACCCUGCAGAGUGCCGAAGAUGGGGAAGAGGAACAUAAAAGCUCAGGUGAAGAGGUUCCGAAUGGAGACAAAGGCCGCCAAGACCCUGGGCAUCAUCGUCGGCGGAUUCGUCCUCUGCUGGCUUCCAUUUUUCACAAUGUACCUGGUGCGAGCGUUCUGCCCGAAUUGCAUACACCCGACGGUCUUCAGCGUCCUAUUCUGGCUUGGCUACUGCAACUCCGCCAUAAACCCCUGCAUAUACGCCUUGUUCAGCAAGGACUUCCGGUUCGCCUUCAAGAGGAUAAUAUGCAAGUGCUUCUGCAAACGUAGAGCCAACACCCUCAGACGUGGCAGCGACGGGAGUCAAUUAGCGACCCGAUGCGAUCGAAGUCCUAGCUAUUCGGUGAGGACGCCUCAUCACGGCGUCUCAAUUGAGGAUUCCGAUCCUGAUCCGGGUUCGGAUCACAACGCGCAUUCGCAAAGCGACUCCAGGUGACUGUAGCAAGUCAGGUCUGGCGCGCAGAGGGUGGCUUUCAAUCCAAGGACUUCCAGGGUAAUAAUUUCGUGAAAAAGUUCGGUGCAACUGCAAGAGAGACGAUAGGGCAACUCUUUGCGGGGCUAGAGGGCUGCCUUAAGUCUCGCGGUUCAACCUUAUUCACAUUCGUAUUAAUUCGGUUUUUCUCUUGUGAGUCUUUUUUUCAAGGUAUCCAAUUUGAAAAGGGACAUUCUCAAAGAUCGCGGUUCUAUACGCGUCGGAUACAUAUUUCAUAUUGUUGGUUAGUUACGCGUUUUACUUUUUCUGCCUCUCCAUAGUUCGCAAGAAGUCCUUUGUCCAAUUUAAGUUACUUCUAUUUUGGUACUUGUCUAUAUUUUUAUUUUUAUUUUCACAUUCACUUUAUACCGCAUAUUAUAUUCUCCCGAGAAAAUAUUUCACGAAAAACUAACAUUAAUUUGGAAAGCAGGAUAUUGUCAGCCCUACGACGUAAACUAAGCUUUUCUUCUACGGAAAACCCUUUCGACGACGUUGGCGCGCCAGAGCACUGGCCUAAGAAAAUAAAAAUCACGUAAUCAUUCAACGUGGAACAGAAUGAUAUUCCAUUUAUAACUGACAAAUAAUUCUAGUCAAGGUACACAUCGGUACAUCAUAUUGAUAUAAUACGCGCGAUAAGAAAAAUUCGAUUAAAAAAAAAAAAAGAAAAAAAAAACAAUCAAAGCACGUUUAUAUCGAGUCUAUGAACAAAUAUAAGAAAUACUUACGCGUAUAAAUAUAAGUCAG